AUGGCUCUGCUUAACGUUUCUUUGUGUACCAAAAUCCCACCAAAACCCUCUCUCUUCCUCUCAAUCCCCCACUUCCAUUCUCUAUCCUUCUCUCACGUUGCUAAGCCACAGGCAUUGAUGCUAAACAAGCAACUAGUGGAAGAUUUUGCAAAGACAGGCUUGCUUGCUGUCCUCUCUGCUUCUUUCUUUUUUACUGAUCCUGCACUUGCUUUCAAGGGAGGAGGACCGUACGGUUCUGAAGUUACUAGGGGUCAGGAUCUUACUGGCAAGGAUUUUAGUGGCAAGACUUUGAUCAAGCAAGAUUUUAAGACGUCCAUACUGAGACAAGCGAAUUUCAAAGGUGCAAAGUUGUUGGGAGCUAGUUUUUUCGACGCCGAUUUAACAGGGGCUGAUCUUUCAGAUGCUGACCUUAGAAGUGCAGAUUUCUCGUUGGCAAAUGUGACAAAGGCAAAUUUGAGCAAUGCUAACUUGGAAGGUGCGCUUGCUACUGGCAACACAUCUUUUAGAGGAUCAAAUAUUACAGGGGCUGAUUUCACAGAUGUGCCUUUAAGAGAGGACCAACGUGAUUACUUAUGCAAAGUUGCAGAUGGGGUGAAUCCAACUACUGGAAAUUCUACACGUGAUACAUUGCUUUGCAACUAG